UGGAGUGUACGUCAGCAACUCGGCAAACCACACACACACACACACACUCGCACAUGCAUAGUCACACACGCGCGCGCACACAUACUUGGAAAUAAAUAAAGCUGCCUGAACUCUUGGACCAGUUUCACACAUUCGGCGUGUACGUGCAGGUUCGAUCAGAAACACGUGAGAGGACAGCGUGGAACUUUAACGCACGAUAUUGUCUUGACUCACCACUGGAGUUGACUUUUUGAACUUUAUUUUCACCCUUCACGAUCUCACUCCUGGAUUUGCGCCCUCGUUGUUGCAGGACUUUUAAGGACAGGUACGACGAUGUUCUCCACGCACCUGCAGCAGUUCGUGUUGAAGUGUUUCCUUGUUGUGGCGUCGGUUCCGAUCGCGCAGGGAGCAAGCUUCCCUCGGCCGCCCUCCUCAGGUGAACUAGACCAGGACGUGCUCCUCCAACACAUGUCCAAAUUGCAUGAGAGAUGCAACAAGGAGCAGCGUCUCAAAGAGGGCAACACGGCCAGGAGCUUCAGAGCAAGCCAAGUGCCCUCUGACCUUAGGACAGUCUACCAUCUAAACCUCACAACCCUGCAGGACUCUGAGGUCAUCCUGUCAGCCACAUUCCACUUCCUGCUAGGACGGCUCCCUCCCCAAAAAGCGUGGAUCUGUAAACGCUUCAAGAGCGCAUCCUGCCGGUCCUCGGCCACGCAGCCCUCUCCGCUCGUCAGCCUGCUCCUUCGUGCUGUCUCCUCAGGGUCGGGAGUCAGUUCUGGGUCAUCCGGGUCGUUCCUAGCCAAUGUGACCUUCCACCCCAACAGGAGAGGGGUGUGGCAGAUGAAAGACGUGACCCAGGUCAUACAGGAGGCGAGGGAUAAGGGUCACCGCCUAGUGUCAGUGGAGUUGGACUUAGGGCAGCAUUACAAAGCAGAGGACUCAGGCUACCUGUUAGUCUACGCAGAUGACCUUGCCUUGGCAGAACCUAACAGUGUGUACCCAAGUCUUCAGAGAUACGACCCGUUUUCUGAGAGUGGCGAGCCCUCGCAGUCCCCCGACCUCAUGUACGGACCCAAUUUCUCACCACAGUUGAAAGGACGUGUGAGGAGGGAAGCUACUUCUCUCCCAGACUCCAUCCAGAACAAUGAGCUGCCCGAGGUUGACUACAGAACCGAUGGAUACAGGAAGGACGACCUUUGGGAGAGCUCGUGGUAUCCGGCCCUCAAAGCCAAACCGAAGGCUGGGAAGCAAGAAAAGAAACGGAAAAGCCACGAGGAUGGGGGCAAGCAAAGUAGAGGUGGACAUGAAAAAGACAAAUCAACACAAAGAACAUCAGACAGGUCUAAAUUUGAAGCCUCAUCUGUGAGAAGAUACAAAGAGGUGGAUAGUCAAAGACAAGCGCAGAAACAUGAGGUGAAGGAUGUAAGGAAGCACAAUAAGGCAAGUGCUCAUCACUCCCGCUCACCUCUUUUGAAUUUUGAUGAUGAGACCAUGCGCAAGGCCAGAAGAAAACAGUGGGCAGACACUCGGCACCACGGCUGCUCCAGAAAGAACCUCCGGGUGGAUUUCGCAGACAUCGGCUGGAGCGAGUGGAUCGUCGCACCCAAGGCUUUUGACGCCUACUACUGCUCAGGCACAUGUGGAUUCCCAAUGCCCAAGGUGGUGAGGCCCUCAAACCACGCCACCAUCCAAAGCAUAGUCCGAGCCGUCGGGAUUAUUUCCGGGGUUCCGGAGCCUUGCUGUGUACCGGAGAGGAUGAGUCCUCUGGCAGUGCUUUACCGAGAAGAAUCCAAGGAUCUGGUGCUCAAGAUGUACCCCGAUAUGUCUGUCCAGUCCUGCUCCUGCAGAUGAAAUGAUGACAGCGAAGGCAAAGGACAGAACAAGCCUGAGGCAGAGUGAAACAAAAAAUGACUUAUGGAGAAUGAAAAAUAACUUUUAGUCGUUCUGCUCUUUCUCUCGUUUCUACGUUUUCUGUGGAGACAACAUUUUCAGGAAAGAAUCAUUGUCCCAGUAAUGUUCAUAAUGAUAACUUAAACAGCAAUUUCUCUAUUUAUACUUGUUUACUUUGUACAGUUUAUUUCAAGACAUCCGUUACGCUACCAAUUUUGGAUAGAGAGAAAAAAAAUUCAAUUGUCACAUCUGGAAAUCCUCAUAACACCUUUAAAGUAUUACAAUGAAAGCAGAUUUUUUUUUUUUCUCCAGUAAUAAGGCUGUAAGCUACUGUUUUAGAUGUUUCUUUGUACAUAUGUGUUUAAAUUAUGAAAAGGUCAAAGGUAGCUGUAGUAGAAUAAAAAUAGUAAUUUAAUCCAACACUAGUAUAUAUUUUAAAAAACAUUUUUAUCUGUGUUAUUCUUUGUUCUAUGCUUGGUUUGUGGAGGAGGGUGGGGUGGGUCGUUUAAACAAACCUAGUAGGCAGGCACCACUGUUCAAAAAGAAGCAACUACAAAGGCAGGAAGAUUCCACUCCAAGAUACCUUCCCCCCCAGCCUCCAGAAGCCUCUUGACCUAUUAUUGCCUUCUCCCCCCACUAAAAGCUGCCACGUUUGUUGUCCACCAAAUAACGUGACUGAUGUGGCCGUGGUGGAUUCAUGGUUAAUGGAGGAAACCGCCAUGCGCUAAUUAAGACGUCAGACCCUUGAACUUCAAAACCCAGGAAUCACCCAGCCACCCCCCCCAGUCCUAAAUACAGGAUGUUCUUCUCAAAGGACUAUCUGCCAAAAAAAUCUUGAGAAUUUGUGUUUUUAAGAGGGAGUCUUGGUGUCUGAAACCAACAAUGAAAUGACAGAGGGGACCGCUUGAUUAUUCAACAAUUAUUACACUGCGGUCGCUUUGCCGUCGGUGUACAAAAGUUGGCAAUGAGUUUCACAUCUGUUUGUAACAACAGAGUACUUUGAAGUUUGCCUUUGCCUACAGUGGAUGGUCAUUUAGUCUCCAAAAGACAUUUCCUAAGCACUUGGGGACAGACCUUUGCGUUUACUGCAGUCAAGUGUGCAUGGGCGUAUCUGAGUGCUGUUUUGCCAGCAACAUUAACUGCUGUCAUCCCAAAACACAAACUGUUGUGUAUCACUUUGUGGAAUGUUUUUUAACAAUCUCCUAUACAGUGUUUGUUUUACUGUCUAAUAUGAGUUGCUGUGGAUUUUAAUGUAAAAUUGGACAACAAAAACAUUUAGGAGAUCCAUGCAAAUACCAUAAAAAAGAACCUCUAACGUCUGUGUACAUUUAUUUCUGAUACUAAGGGACUGCACCAGUACUAAUUUUACAAGGAAGAAAAACAAAGCAAAUAUGUGUUUUGUGUCAUUUCAUGAUGUAUAGAUUUAACUAUACAUGGUGUUGUGUCAGUGUUGUUUUAAAUGUAUUUUAAUAUACCGGAAUAAAAAUCUAUGUAUUUUA